AUGGCGGCGUCAGCUGUAAGCUGGCGGCAACGCUCCACCGGAGGACGCGCAGGCGUCUGCGCUGGCGCACACGGCCUGUUCCUGUACGACAUGCUGCCUCUGCUGGCCCCACCAGAGGUCCUAGAGCCGAAGCUUGUGGCAUCUCCCCGCACGACGGAGAUGCAAACCCUGGCUAUGGAGGUGACGCGGGCGCAAUGA